CAUUUUAAAGCACAUUUUUCUGGAUAAAGAGGUUUCUGGAUUGUGUUUGGCUCCAUGUCUGAACUGGAGGGGCUGAGACUGGUGGUGAAACAGAGACUCGAUGCGGCUGCUGAGGAGAUUUUUGGGCUGUUUGAGAAAACUAGAGCAGAUUACGAGGAGCAACUUUCUCGUUUUAAAGAAGCUGAACAACGACACAAACUACUGGACGAUGUUUUCAACCCUAAAGUUCAGCUACACAGAUCAGGGUUUAUUGAAAGAGAAAAGAAGGCAGAGAUUCCCCGCUCUCUCUUUCUACCACUCCUCUUCGUCCUCUUCGUCUUCGUACUCCUCCUCCUUUGAAAGUUCAGGAGGGAUCUGUGGUAACGGAGGCCGCUCCGUCCCAUCCUUGACUUCUGGUGAACACAUGUUCUGUUUGUGUGCUGAUGGUUUCGAGGGGAGACACUGUGAAACAGUGAAAGGAUCUCACUGCUACCGGAGCACGGGACGGUACUACAGAGGUACAGAGUCAAAGUCAGAGAGUGGACGAACAUGUGAGGAGUGGGAUUCGGACACUAGGGAGCGGUUCAUGUCUUCUGAUGUCCUUUCAGGGAGACACAACUACUGCAGAAAUCCUAACUACAAACGGCGUCCGUGGUGUUAUGUGUGGAAGAACCAUCAGCUGGUGUGGGAGUAUUGUAAUAUUCCUCGUUGUGUCUUGGAGUCGUUUCCAGCACUGCCCUCGCCCUCGCCUGCACCCACUGAGCCACAGCCAGCUGCAGAGUCGACGUGUGGCCAGCGCUCCAGGAGAAAACAGAUGAAGAUCGUGGGUGGAACAGUUGCCACUGUGGAAUCCCACCCGUGGGUUGCUGCCAUAUUUUGGCACGGCAAAUCAAAGGAGAAGGUUUUCCGCUGCGGAGGAAGUCUGAUCUCAGCCUGCUGGGUCCUCACCGCUGCCCACUGCUUCCCUGACGGCUCCCGCGCCAAACACCAUCGCUUCUCCGUCAGCCUGGGGAAAAAUGUGAGGAACGAGACCGACCUCGCUGUGGAGCAAACCUUCAGUGUGGAGGAAAUCGUCCUCCAUGACGGCUUCGACAACCGGGAAGGGGACUUCAACAACGACAUCGCUCUGCUGAAGCUGAAGGCCAAACAUGGGAAGUGUGCCGAGGAGAGCGACUCGGUGAGGAGUGUCUGUCUGCCGCCGCCUCGGCAGAACCUCCAACCUGGAGUCAGCUGUGAGAUCGCUGGCUACGGGAAAGAGCAACAGGGUUUGUGGUACAAGUCUCAGUUCCUCCGAGAGGCUCGGGUGAACCUGCUCGCUGAUGAUGUGUGUCGACAUGAGGACUAUUAUGGAAACAUGAUCAGCGAUAACAUGUUUUGUGCCGGUCGUCCCGACUGGAGCCAGGAUGCCUGCGAGGGAGACUCCGGAGGGCCUCUGGUUUGCCAGGGCGGCAGCAGGCUCUUCCUGUUUGGAGUCAUCAGCUGGGGCGACGGCUGCGCCAAGGAGAACAAACCGGGCGUUUACACCAAAGUGACCAAUUAUAACGGAUGGAUAGAAGAGAAGACGGGGCUGUCGUCCAUCACUGCCGGCUCCAUGUUUCCUCAGAAGUGAAGCUGAGAACGUGAACCCUAACUGCAGCUGUUUUCUUAAAGGAUAAAGCUGCAAUAUGUUAUAGUUCUCUUAACAAAUCCCAUGAAAAGAUCAAAACCAAAAAUGAAUCCUACUAACAACCAUUAUCUGUGUAUCUAA